AUGGCGGCCUCUGUGGAGAAUUUGGGCGCCGCUUGGAGCACGGUAACGACCGGACUACUGCCGUGUCGGGGACAGGCAAAGGCCCCCCCGACGGACGAUGUGCUGAAGUCGGCCAUCACGGUUCUGGACCACCACGGAGUGUCCUUCAUCAUUGAGGAGUGGUUUCUAGAGUCGCUGCAGUCGGACCUGAGGGAGAACAUCGGCCCCACAUUCUGGAACCACUUCAGUGCAGAGACCAACGGGCCAAAACAGCACGGGGCGGACGGUACGCUGGUCUCUGCCUUUAGCGAGCUCCACACAAGUUUGUCGUCCUACCUGCCCAGCGUGGACGUCCUGGAGAGACUUAGGACAGAAGGUUCAAAACAAAGUCUUAAAGACAAAGUCCUGCUGAUCUUCAAGGCUCUGCUGUUCUAUGACAUUCCCUUGAAGUUCCAUGGUGUGGUGAAGGAAUUCUACAGCUGUGCGUUUAAGGCUUGUGAAGAGGAGCUGCGUAAGAAGGAGAAGACUUCCCCAGGUGAGGAGGAAGGUCCAGAUGAAGAAGAAGAGGAUACAGAUGAGGACAGUCUGACCUGCGGAGGCUGUGAGCAGGAGAAGGAGCGCUGCUCCUGCACCGAGACUCUCACACUCUUCCACCAGCUCAACGCACAGCUGCACAGUUUAGGACUGCUGGAGCGGGUGUGUGGUGAGGCCGUAACAGCCAUCAUACAUGACCGAAUACAGCAGCACAUUCAGAACACCUGCCAGGGAGAAUUUGAGUCACAGUUUCUGCACCCUCUGGAGAAGUGGUUGAACAGUAAGGUGUUGAGCUGGCUCCACCUGGUGUUUAAGGGCACACCUGGACAGACAGGUGAAAGGGAGGUCAGCGCCAAGACUCAGGAGUCUCUGGACAGGUGGCAGACAAGACUGCUCUACUUCUUAUACCAGACAUACGGAACGUUACGAAUCUCGGAGAUGUUUGACAUCAUCGUGGAGUUUCCUGACAGCAUGUCAGCCCUGGAGGACCUGAAGGUCUGUCUUGAGAAGACUGACCUGAGACGAACCCUGGUCUCAUCCCUACGUUCCGCCAUUGGCAGGAGACUGCUGCAGCCAGGAGCAACCACCUCAGAUGUGUUGAGUCAGUACAUCCUACUGGUGAAGUCCCUGCGUGUGUUAGACCCUACAGGGGUGCUGCUGGAACUGGUGGGGGACAGGAUCAGGCACUACCUCAGAACUCGAGACGACACGGUGCGAAAGAUCGUGGAAGGUCUCACUGAGGAGGAGGGGGGCUCUGACCUGGCUGAUGAGCUGAUGAAGGGAGAUCCCAUUUCCCUGGAGGAGGGGGUGGAGGAGGAGGGGGAGGACCCCUGGGCAUGGACCAAGUGGGAACCUGACCCCAUCGAUGCUGAUCCUUCGAAAACGUCAAAGAGCCGUCGGUCCCCCGACAUCAUCAGCCUCCUGAUCAGUAUCUACGGGAGUAAGGAGCUGUUUAUAAAGGAGUACCAGUCCGUCCUCUGUAACCGCAUCCUGUCCUUCAACUACGACCUGACCCGCGAACUCCGCAACCUCGAGCUGCUCAAGCUGCGCUUCGGCGAGAGCCAGCUGGGCAACUGUGAGGUCAUGCUCAAGGAUGUCCAAGACUCGAAGCGCGUGAACGACUUGAUCAAGUCAGAGAAUCUGAUGGGCGUUGCUGUGUCCGGUAUGAUCAUCUCGGCGCAGUACUGGCCGCAGCUGAAGGAGACCAAACUGGCGCUGCCGCCGGCCGUGCAGGAAAGGUUCGACAGCUACACACAGGCAUUCCAGACGGUUAAAGCAAGUCGUACACUAAACUGGUUACCACAGAUGGGGCUGGUAGACCUGGAUAUAGAGCUGAAGAACAGAAGACUGUCUGUUAUGGUCAACCCUGUGGUGGCUACCAUCAUCAUGCACUUCCAGGACAAGGAGCGGUGGACGCUGGACGAGUUAAGCACCGCCAUGCAGGUUCCAUCCUCCGUCCUGCGGAGAAGGAUCACUUUCUGGCAGAACUACGGCCUCAUCAGGGAGAACCCGCCGGGCACCUAUGUGCUCUUGGAGGAGGGUGCGGAUCACCAUGGCGACGUGAUGAUUGACAGCGACGAGGAGACGGAGUCGGCCACAGCCUCCUCACAGGAGAUGAGGGAGGAGGAGAUGCAGAUGUUCUGGGUGUAUGUACAAGGCAUGCUGACAAACCUGGACAGUUUACCACUAGAGAGAAUCCACUCCAUGCUGAAGAUGUUCGCCAUGAGAGACAACCCCAUCGAGAUCUCCCUGCAGGAGCUCAAGGCCUUCCUGGACAGCAAGGUCAGGUCUCAGCAGCUGCUGCUUUCAGGGGGGAAGUACAAGCUGCCGAAAAACAGGUGAGCAGUGCAGCAACGCCACCUUGCAGUUCAGAUGGAAACUGUAGAGGAUAACCUACAGAGAACUUAUAUUGUUGGACAGCAAGGUCAGGUCACAGCAGCUGCUGCUUUCAGGGGGGAAGUACAAGCUGCCAAAUAACAGGUGAGCAGUGCAGCAACGCCAUCUUGCAGAUUGGACUGAAACUGCAGGUCAUCAUUUGUCUUGUCAGCAUCUAACUUUUCUUCAAUGAACAAUGUCAGAUCUCAGCACCUGCAGAAUUUGAGAGAAAAGUAUUUGCUGCUGAAAAACAGGUGAGCAGUGUAGCAAUGCCACCUUGCAGUUUAGAUGUGGACUGCAGAGGAUACAUUUUGUACAUGUACAAUAUAUUCUUGAACAGCAUGCACAGAUCACAUCAUGUUUUGCUUUCUGGAGGAAAGUACAAGCUUGCAGAUUUGACUGGAACUGCAGGUUUCCAUGUUUUUGCUGUGGACAACUAAUUUUUGUUUGCCAAAGUCAUUUCUUGGCAGCUUUUUUUCUGGUGGAAAGUAUUUGUUGCCC